AUGCCGGAGGAGGAUUUAGUGGAGCUGAAGUUCAGACUGUACGAUGGAUCGGACAUCGGCCCUUUUCGAUAUUCGCCGGCGGCGACUGUUGCGAUGCUUAAAGAGAGGAUUGUGACCGAGUGGCCAAAAGAUAAGAGAAUUGCGCCGAAGGUAGCAAAUGACGUGAAAUUAAUAAGUGCUGGGAAAGUUUUAGAUAAUAGCAAGACUGUUGGCCAGUGCAAGAUGCCAUUUGGGGAUCUACCUAACGGGAUUAUUACAAUGCAUGCUGUUGUACAGCCAUCUUUGGCAAAAGUGAAAACAGAAAAGGAGGUCGACGAAAUACCGAAGAAGAAUAUAUGUUCGUGUUCCAUAUUGUGA